ACUCCGUAACAUUUAUCCGGUCACAACAAACAAGAAUGAGCAGCAGAGUAUGCCUGCCGCUCUCCAUCACACUUGCCACUGACAAGAGGAUAGGGAUUACUCCUCGCUUGGGCCCCGCAGAGCUCAAUUGCAGAAACCCACUCUCAUUUCUAACUUUAUCGGCUAGCAGUUUUGCUUCUAUCAAUUACUCGCCUUCUAUGGACGUAUCUCUCGCCGCUAAAGCUUAUUCUUCUGCUAGUGAUAAUGAAGCUGUCACAAGUGGGGAAAAUGACUUGCUCAUCGUCGGACCUGGUGUGCUAGGGCGUUUUGUCGCUGAAAAAUGGAGAGAGGUAUAGUUUCUGCGCUUCUGAUCAAGAAGUUUAAGCACAAUGGGGAAAAACUGUUCAUAAAAUUUCCAGCAGCAAAUUUGAUGGAACACCCAGGUUGUCAAAUUUUUGGACAAACAAUGACCGCUGAUCAUCAUGAUGAACUGAUACAAAUGGGUAUUAAACCAACUUUGAAAGAACCCAAGCUUUCUAUCAAGUUCCCUUAUGUUAUUUUCUGUGCUCCUCCGUCCCGCACUGAAGAUUAUCCUGCUGAUGUCAGGGAGGCUGCAUUGAAAUGGAAUGCUGAAGGUUCUUUCAUGUUCACCUCAAGUUCCGCACCAUAUGAUUGCCAUGACAAUGGGCCAUGUGAUGAGGAUACCCCAGUUGUGCCGAUAGGGACGAGCCCUAGGACUGAUGUUCUUCUAAAGGCAGAAAAAGCUGCACUGGAAUAUGGUGGCUGUGUUCUAAGACUGGCUGGACUUUACAAAGCCGAUAGAGGUGCUCAUACCUACUGGUUAAGUAAAGGAACUUCAGAUUUUGGUGGAGAUCACAUUGUCAAUCUUAUACACUAUGAGGAUGCAGCUUCUCUCGCUGUUCUCAUCUUGAAAAAGAAAUUCCGUGGUCGGAUCUUUUUGGGUUGUGACAAUCACCCAGUGUCCAGGCAACAAGUGAUGGACCUGGUUAAUAAAAGUGGGAAGUAUAGCCAGAAGUUUAAGGGUUUCACAGGAACAAGUGAUCCACUAGGCAAGAAGUUAAACAACUCAAAAACACGUGCUGAAUUAGGAUGGGAGCCUAAAUAUCGUAGCUUUGCUGAAUUCCUUGGAAUUUCAGAGUAGCCAUUGCUUUUACGAGGGGCUUCGUGAUUGGAGAUGAUUCCCUGUGUAGAGAAUUGAAUGUGAAUUUUCUCCAUGGUUCAUGUCUUUCCCUUUAUGGUCUCUACUCUACAAUAUUUUGACAUUGAUCAACAUAUGCACUUACAACUAUUAAGAGUCUUUUACUUUAGUAAUCAUGUGUUAUUUGUACGACUUGAAGUGGUUGCAUUAUUUGUUCACCAUUGAUGAGUUGAUGACAAUACCAAGUUUAAAAGGCCAUUACCAAC